AUGCCGCAGUUGUUCCAAGUUUUAAGAUGUUAUAAAUGCUUGGUUUUUCAAAUACACCAAACAAAAAAAUCUAAUAAAUUUCAAUGUAAGAUGUGUGGUGAAAAGCAGUCAAUUAAACGCCAUUAUGGCCUUGGUAAUGGUAAAGAGUGUAGACUUCAUGUUCAAAAAUUAAAUUCAAUUAGAGGGCAAACAGAAGAAGAAAAACUCAUUACAGUAUAUUCAGAUGAUGAUAUUGGAGACUGUAGUGAAAAUAAUGAAAUUGUCAAUUCAACUGAACAACAAAGUAAAAGUAAAUGGUCAUCAUUUAUAGAAAAAGAUGAAGACAAUUCACAGGUUGUUAAUGAACCUAUGUUCUUCGACAGUAAAGAAGUGGUUUUGGAGAUGCCCACAAAAAGAAAGAAAAUCAUAGGUCCUAAAAGUACAAAUAAACAUACUGUAUCAAGGGUCUCUUUUGAAGAUAAAAGUUAUAAUGAAAUUCAAAAUGAUUACGAAUGUAAUGAAAGUUUUGAAAAUACUCCAUCUAUACAUGAAAUUACUGAAUAUGUUAAAAUUACAGAACCAUGCUUAAAACCUCAUCAAAAACCUAACAAAGUAAAUAAAAAUUUAGUUCAAAAUGAGCCCAAAGUUGGACCCGCCAUUCAAAAGUCCUCCAAAUGGGCUCAGUUUGUUGAACCUGAAAUUGACAUAGAACAUGAUGCAUCUCAAGAAAUAAAUAUCAACCCCUCAUAUAGUGCUCAAAACUUUUUUGAAUCAUGCGAUGAAACUGACCUUGACACAAUAUUAAACAUUUAA